AUGACGGGAAAUCAGCUCCCAGAAGACAUCAUAGUCUCCGACAUCCUAGUAAAGCUCCCCAUCAAAUCCUUAAUCCGCUGCACUUGCGUCUCGAAACGAUGGCGUUUCAUAAUCUCCGACCCCCAAUUCGCCAACUCUCACUUCCAACAAGCUCGCCACCACAACGCCUUGACCCGCCGCCUGCUCCUCUACUCCUCCCCCUCCCAAGUCGAAUCCGUUGACUUGGAAACGACGCCGUCUUCGUCUUCUCCGAUCCGCAACCUCACCUGUAACCUGAACAAGCAACCCGAAUCGAUCAAGCUCCUCGGCUCCUGCAACGGUCUGGUAUGUCUCUGUACGGAUCCUACUUUGAGUACAUGUGAUGUUUUCAUCUGGAACCCAUCAACCGGCUUCUUUCGUAAUCUACCGUACCCAUGUUUCUCCUCGGCGACACACACUGUUCUGUACGGCGGUUUCGGAUACUUGUCGGAGACCGACGACUAUAAAGUCGUGGUGGCUGUGCACAAUGUGUUUGACUAUGGCGAAAAUGUGGUGGAGGUGAAAGUGUUGUCAUGGAGAACAGGUGUUUGGAGAAGUAUUGAAGUGCAUAGUUUGUUGUCUUACACAUUGUAUCCGGCCGCGGUUGUGGUUGGGGAGACAUUACAUUGGUUUCGAAACGAUCGUUGGCUAGGUUCGGCGAUUAUUGCUUUUGAUUUGGACAAGGAGGAGUUCAGGGAGAUGAGGCCGCCGCCGAAUUUGGGGCAGAGAUAUGAUAGGGAUUAUGUGCAUUGUGUGGCUUCCUUGGGAGGAAGGCUACAUGUGUUUCGAUAUCCGGCUGGUGUUUGUGAUGUUAUGGAGUUGUGGGUGAUGGAGGAAUAUGGUGAUGGUGAGUCGUGGACAGAGGUGUUUAAGUUGAAAUUUACUGAUGAGCCUCGGAAGUCUGUGUAUCUGCGGCCGUUUUUGGCUGUGGGAGGUAGUUCAGUUGUGGCGAAAGUGACUAGGAACUCGACGAUGGAGAUGGUGAGGAUUGAACCUGAAGAUGAGCAACCUGUCGUGGAUAUGUUGAAGAGGGGGGUUGAACCUGCAAUGAUUGUAUAUGAAGAGAGCCUACACCGGCUUCCUGGCUGUGGUGUAGAAGAAGUGAAGGUGGAAGAGAUUUCAAACCCAAGGUUUAGUACUCUCUUCUGGGUCACUGAUCACUGGUACGCUCUUCUGGCAUUGGUCGGUUUUCUUAUUUCUCUAUACUGUAAAUGGUGUACAAAUGUUUUAGGAUGUCAAUUAUAA